AUUCCUGCCCAUUUGAGUGCUUCAAUACUCGUCAAUUUUUUUCCGGUUGGGACAGCGAGAGAGCCAGCGAGAAAACAGAGGUGGUGUUAGAAGCAUAAGAAAACACGGCGAAAGCUUCCAGCUUUGACCCCCUUCGAAGUCGGUGGUCUCCUCCUCCCAAAAUUUUCGCUCCUUGUGAAAUCUCUGUGAUUUCUGAACUUCAAGAAUAUUAGAGAGAGGUCUUGAAGGGGGAGGAGAGAGAGAAAGAGAUGAAAUUUUUGGUGGAAGUAGAAAAGGGGAGGGUGGGAAUGGGCGACGCGCCUUCCGUCGGGCCGGUUUAUCGGAGCGUCUAUGCUAAGGAUGGGUUUCCGACCCCGGUCCCCGGCAUGGAGAGCUGCUGGGAUAUUUUCCGCAUGGCUGUGGAGAGAAAUCCUGAUAACCAAAUGCUUGGGCAUCGUGAGAUCGUGAAUGGGAAGGCUGGUAAAUAUGUUUGGUUAACCUAUAAACAAGUAUAUGAUCUUGUGCUCAAAGUUGGUGCAUCUCUUCGUGCCUGUGGGGUUAUGAAGGGAGGCCGUUGUGGCAUAUACGGUUCCAAUUGUCCUGAGUGGGUCAUCAGUAUGGAGGCUUGCAAUGCUCUUGGCAUAUACUGUGUACCUUUAUAUGAUACCCUUGGUGCUGGUGCGGUUGAAUUUAUUAUAUGUCAUGCAGAAGUUGAGAUUGUGUUUGUUGAAGAGAAAAAGAUUGGGGAAGUGCUUAAAACGUUCCCUCAUACGACAAAAUUUUUGAAAAAGAUUGUAAGUUUUGGGAAUGUCACUCCUGUUCAAAGAGAAGCUGUUGUAAGUUCUGAUUUGGCAAUACAUUCUUGGGAUGAAUUUUUGGGUCUGGGUGAUAAUCAGCUCUAUGAUCUUCCGAUAAAGCAAAAGACAGAUAUUUGCACUAUAAUGUAUACUAGUGGAACAACUGGAGAUCCUAAAGGUGUUUUGAUUUCCAAUGAAAACAUCAUAACUCUUAUUGCUGGCGUGCUUCUGCUGCUCCAAUCUGCCAAUGAAGAGCUGCGUGAUGAUGAUGUUUACUUGUCUUAUCUCCCUCUGGCACAUAUUUUUGAUCGGGUAGUUGAAGAAAUGUUCAUAUUUACUGGGGCCUCUAUUGGCUUUUGGCAAGGGGAUGUUAAACUUUUAGUGGAAGACAUUGCGAUGCUAAAACCUACUAUCUUUUGUGCGGUUCCACGUGUACUUGACCGAAUCUAUGCUGGCUUGCAAGAGAAGAUACGCUCUGGAGGAUUUCUGAAGAAUAUGUUGUUUAAUAUUGCAUACAAUUAUAAGCUUUCUAACAUGCAGAAAGGGUAUAAGCAUGAGCAGGCGGCUGGGCUGUUUGACAAAGUUGUUUUUUCUAAGGUGAAACAAGGAUUAGGUGGCAGGGUUCGCAUUCUACUAUCUGGAGCAGCUCCCUUGGCUACUCAUGUGGAAUCUUUUUUACGAGUUGUGACAUGUGCUCACGUCUUACAAGGCUACGGUCUGACAGAAACUUGUGCUGGAACAUUUGUAUCACUUCCAAAUGAGAUUUCAAUGCUUGGAACUGUGGGUCCACCCGUACCGAAUGUUGAUGUACGUCUUGAAUCAGUUCCUGAAAUGGAUUACGAUGCCCUCUCAGAUGUACCAAGGGGAGAAAUUUGUGUCAGGGGAAAAACUCUGUUCUCAGGAUAUUAUAAGCGGGAUGACCUGACAAAUGAAGUUCUUAUUGAUGGGUGGUUUCACACAGGGGAUGUCGGUGAGUGGCAAAAAGAUGGAAGCUUGAAAAUUAUUGGGAAGAAAAAUAUAUUUAAGCUUUCACAAGGAGAGUACGUAGCUGUUGAAAACUUGGAAAACAUCUAUGGUCUUGUUCCUGGGAUAGACUCGAUAUGGAUAUAUGGUAACAGCUUCGAGGCUUAUCUUGUUGCAAUACUAAAUCCCAACAAAGCAGCUUUGGAACGUUGGGCUCAAGAAAAUGGGAUCAGUGCAGAUUUUAGCGCACUCUGUCAGAAUCCCAAAGCAAAAGAGUUCAUACUUGGGGAACUAAGCAAGAUCGCCAAAGCAAAGAAGUUGAAAGGUUUCGAGUUUGUAAAAGCAGUUCACCUUGAAGCAGUUCCCUUUGACAUGGAGCGCGAUUUAUUAACCCCAACUUACAAGAAAAAGAGACCUCAACUUCUAAAAUACUACCAGAGUGUAAUUGAUGACCUGUACAAAAGCAUCAAGUGAAACAAAGUACUUUGGACAUCUGCUCUGCAUACAGAGCGCUCUCUUGCUGCUGAUUGCUUGACAUCAUUUAUUGGAUAUUUGUUUUUUUCCUGUAAAUUAUAUGAGCGUUGCAAAUUUAUGUAAUUUUCACUCUUUUAGCCUCUUCUUUAAAACUCACUGGAGUGUUUUUAUUUAUUAUUAUUUUUGUUUUUAUUUUUUAAU